CACCUCGAUUUUGAUCCGUGCUGAGCAGGGAGUACAGAUGAUGCAGGAGAUUGCUUAAGAAAAAGUCUACGGCCCCGCACGCAUACCAGCCUUGUCACACUCGACACUCCUUGGUUCUCAUCUCAUCACCAAGCCUCCUCCGAUCCUCUCUCGGCUCUUUGGCCACUGUCGGCGCGCAGGUCAGGUGAUGGAGGAGGGGUUCGUGGAGGUGGACAUGAACGCCGGCGACGAGCCGGCUGCUUUCCCCACCGUGAGAGCCACCGUCGUGCAGGCCUCCAGCGUCUUCUUCGACACCCCUGCCACGAUUGAGAAAGCGAAGAAACUCAUAGCCGACGCCGCCGAGCAGGGCGCGCAGCUGGUGGUGUUCCCGGAAGUCUUCGUCGGCGGGUUCCCCCGUGGCAGCGACUUCGGAGUCACCAUCGGCGGCCCCCCGCAGGCGAAGGGGCGAAAGGGGAAGGACCUCUUCUGCAAGUACUACGCCUCCGCCAUCGACGUCCCCGGUCCCGAGACGAACCGUCUGGCCUCGUUCGCCGCCGAGUACAAUGUGUACCUGGUGAUGGGCGCGGUGGAGCGGCACGGGCACGGGCGCACGCUGUACAACACGGUGCUCUUCUUCAGCCCGGCGGGGGAGCUGCUGGGGCGGCACCGGAAGCUGGUGCCCACGGCGCUGGAGCGCGUCCUCUGGGGUUGCGGGGACGGCUCCACGCUCUCGCUCUACGACACCCCGAUCGGCCGCGUCGGCGCGCUCGUGUGCUGGGAGAGCAAGAUGCCGCUGGCCCGGGCCGCGCUCUACGGCAAAGGUCUGGAGAUCUACUGCGUGCCCACCGCCGACGACUCCGACCUGUGGCAGGCGUCCGUGAGGCACGUCGCGCACGAGGGCGGGUGCUUCCUCCUGUCCGCCAACCAGUUCUGCCGCAGGAAGGACUACCCGCCCCCGCCCGAGUACGCCUUCACCGGGUUCGACGAGGAGCCCAAGCCGGACGACGUCCUCUGCCGCGGGGGCAGCGUCAUCGUCUCGCCGUCCGGCGCCGUCCUCGCAGGACCAAAGUACGACGGCGAGGGACUCCUCACGGCCGAUCUAGAUUUCAGUGAAAUCGUUCGGGCCAAGUUCGACUUCGACGUCGUGGGGCAUUCCUCGCGCCCGGAGGUGUUGACGUUGGUCGUCAAGGACCAGCCGCAGGUCCCUGUGGUCUACACUUCCGCUUCUCCAAAUUAAAGGCGCGCUGCAUCGUCUGUAUAACUAGCAAACAGUAUGACAUCAUGUUGUAUGGUCAUAUAGAUCGAGCUAGUUAUCAUGUUCAUGAUUCAACCUUAUUUUUGAAAUCCUAAUGCUCAUAAUAAAUAUACUAGUCGCAAUAAAAUAUAAUCCUAUAUUAAGAAUUGGCUGAAGAUUGACUUGACUUAAA